AGAUUUGGCUGGAUUUGGCACUUCAUCAAGGUCGUUUGCCAUUUUCAGGCAUCUGAAAUUAAAUUUUUAUGUUUCUUGAACUUUUCCAUAGCCGCAUCAUCAAAUGUCCUCAGAAAAAGUAAAAAAAUGGUCAAAGUUCAAGCGUGAUUACCGCGUUAUUUUUGAAAUUGAUAACUUUGUCAAAGUCAUUUAAUUAAUAUCGUUAGAAGACAAAAAAAUUAUGGUCCUAUUAAGUAACAAAUAAAGGUUCAAUUCAAAAAUUUACCUAUAAUAACAUUUUCCCGUAAAAGAGUAUAAUUAAGCAACUAUGGCUCUGCGCAGGAUCUUAAGUAGAAAUUAUCAAGUAAUACUCAAAAACUUUCAGCCUCAUGUAUUUAUAGAACGCCAAAGAAUAAUGAGUUUGGUAAACAAUAGUAUUUCCACUGGGUAUCUGUUUUCCACUAAACCGCAAAAUGGAAGUGAGACUAGUGGAACCUUAAGCGAAUUAAAGAUGCAACUAGCUAAGGAAAUGGGCGUAAAUCACCCAUUUACACCUGUACUUAAAACACGUUUAAGUCUAACUGAAUAUGUUCCUAAAAACCAAGACGACUUACCAAAACGGUCAAUGCAAGACAGUUAUAUCGCCACUGUAAUACCUCUUUCAGAAAAUGUUGCCAUACAAGAGAAAUACACUACAUUUCUUGGCUCUGUCAGGCUUGGCAGAUUAUUAGAAGACAUGGAUAUUUUUGCCGUGAUUGUGGCACAUAAACACAUUUAUAACCCCAACUUACCAAAAGAUGCAUUAUUUCCUCAAACUUUAGUUACAGUAUUAGUUGAUAGGAUAGAUUUUACAGACUAUCUUCCGAAGCCAAAUAAAGAUAUUAAAAUCUCAGGACAUGUAAGCUGGGCUGGUAGAUCGACCCUCGAAGUCGUAGUAUGGUUAGAGCAGCUCGAAGAUGGCAACUGGCAAAGAAUAACAAGGGCGGUGUUCCUUUUGGCCGCUAGGGACCCCACAAAUUCUUACGCCACUCCAGUAAACGCCAUAGAACCGGCAAACGAGAGAGAGAAACAGAUUUUAUCAGGUGGCGAAACCAGAAAAAAGCGUCGAUUAGACAUAGACACCACUCACGUAUCAAAAAAACUCCCCAGCGAAGAGGAACAAAAAAUAAUCCAUAGCAUUUACACUAAGGUAACGGAUCCGAAUCACUUCAGCAGUACAAAUAGGACUCUUUCUCCAGGAGCUUCUUGGAUGAGCGACAGCACUAUAUCCAACGUGAUCCUAGCGCAACCGGAAGACCGUAAUUUGCAUAAUACGGUGUUUGGAGGGUUCCUAAUGAGGCAGGCUACUGAACUGAGUUGGGUUUUAGGGUAUAUGCACUGCAAGUACAGGCCAAGGACGAAACAUAUAAGCGACAUAUCUUUUAAGCAGCCUAUAUCGGUAAAUUCGCUUAUCAGGAUGCACGCCACUGUCGUUUUUACUUACGAGAACUACAUUCAAAAUUUGGUAUUCGUCGAGGUGUAUAAUCCUGUCACCGGCAAAUCGUCUACCACAAAUUCUUUCCAUUUUACUUUGGAAGCGCCAGAUAAUGUUCCAGAUGUGGUUCCAGUGACUUAUCACGAAGCCAUGUUGUACGUGGACGGUAGAAGACACUUUUUCAACACUUUUACUAGCGGUAGUAUAACGGAGAACUUUAAGAACAAGCUGUGAUAGAUUUAAGCGAUAUUUCGUUGAAAGCUUUAUUUUUUUCGGUAUGGACGACUUAUUUAUUUCCACUUAAGUAUUUUUUAUUAUUGAUAAUGAUAUUAAUUGGUGUUGUGGUAGAAUAAUAUAUGUUGAUGUUUUCA